CGAACUACAAUUCCCAACGUCCAAAGGAAGUAAUGUUGCGGCAUCAGUGUGCGGCGGGAACUGUUUGCGACUGUCGGAGGAUUUGACGCGAAGAGGUAGUAUUUAAACAUGUUUCUGCCACGAGCCCUGAAGGUGAAGAGACCUACCCAGGGAUCGGCUCAAGUUGUGAUUAAGAAAAGCAAAGUUGUUCAAGAGGAGGAUAGCAAAAGUGGCUCCGAGACACCUGCUCAGAGCGAGGAAGCAUGUGAAGACACCCAAACACGAGAUGCGACAACACAAGCAGCUGCAGAGAGCUUAGCACCCGAAGAUGGACACAGCUCCCUCUCAGAUGACAGUGAUGAUGAUGAUGAUGAUGAUGAUGAGGAGGAGGAGGAGGAGGAGGAACCAGUGAAAUCAUUUAAAAAGAACCAGAGAUGGCCUGAGCCAGGAGAACCUGCCUGUGUGAUGUGUGGUCGCUAUGGAGAGUACAUCUGUGAUGCUACAGAUAAUGAUGUUUGCAGUCUCGAAUGCAAAGCCAGCCAUUUAGUGCAAAUGGGCAUGGGGACUGGGGCAGAUGCAUUUAUGCAAAAGGACCAAAAUAGAGAUGAAAUGACUGUUCAAAGUCAACAGCCAGCAGCUGACCCUGGUAGGGUGGUUGAAAGUGAACCGGGCUACUUCUACAGGGAAGAUCGGUUCAUAUCAGGCCUAACAGAGGAGCAAGUGCAACGAAUUAAACAGGAGCUGGGCAUAGAAACCCAGGGGAGAGAUGUCGCAAGACCUGUUGUUGAAUUUGAGCACUGCAGCUUCCCUGCCACAUUAAGUGGUAACCUGAAAAAGGCUGGGUAUGACACACCUACCCCAGUGCAGAUGCAGAUGGUCCCUGUUGGUCUCACAGGCAGGGAUGUGAUUGCCAGCGCAGACACAGGAUCGGGGAAGACUGUAGCCUUUCUGCUGCCAGUGGUCGUGAGGGCACUCGAGAAAUCAGCACACAGUGUGGGCAGCCCUGUGGCUCUGAUCCUGACCCCCACCAGGGAGUUGGCCAUUCAGAUAGAGAGACAGGCCAAGGAACUUGUGAUGGGACUCCCCAACAUGAGAACUGCCCUGCUGGUCGGAGGCAUGCCGCUUCCCCCACAGCUCCACCGCCUGAAGAGCAGCAUCAAAAUUGUCAUCGCUACUCCUGGGCGGCUCAUCGAAAUCUUGAAGCAGAAAGAGCUGAAGCUUGACAAAGUGAAGAUUGUGGUGGUUGACGAGGUGGACACUAUGUUGAAGAUGGGCUUCCAGCAGCAGGUUCUGGAGGUUCUUGAGCAAGUCCCAGAAGAACAUCAGACUCUUCUGGCGUCGGCCACCAUCCCCACCGGCACAGAGGAGCUGGCCGCCCGGUUGGUCCGUGACCCUGUACGUAUCACUAUCGGCGAGAAGAACCAGCCGUGCGCCAACGUCCGACAGAUCCUGCUUUGGGUAGAGGAACCUUCCAAGAAGAAGAAGCUAUUUGAGAUUCUCAACGAUGGUAAGCUGUACCAGCCUCCAGUGGUAGUGUUUGUAGAGAGUAAACUCGGCGCUGAUCUGCUCUGCGAGGCAGUCGCCAAGGUGACGGGCCUCACUGCCGUGGCAAUCCACUCUGACAAGAGCCAGUGGGAGCGCAACCGCAUCCUCCGGGGUCUUCUGGAUGGUGACUUUGAGGUAGUGAUCAGUACAGGUGUUCUGGGCAGAGGGCUGGACCUGGUCAAUGUCAGACUGGUGGUUAACUUUGAUAUGCCAAACACAAUGGAUGAGUAUGUCCAUCAGGUGGGCAGAGCAGGUCGGCUGGGACACAGAGGAACAGCCAUCACUCUUCUCAACAACAACAACAAACGGCUGUUCCUGGAGGUGGUGAAUCGAGUCAAACCCACUGGCUCCAUUUUGCCCCCUCAGCUCUUAAACUCACCCCACCUCCACGAACAGCAAAGGAGGGAAAAGCAGAGAAACAAGAAGGACCACGAGGAUUCACUGGUUACCACAAAUAACCUCCUGGACAUCAUAAAGAAACAUGACCGUCGCAAGAAGUAGCAACUUCUUCCAGUCUUUCAUGAAAAGUUGCUUAUUUAUUGUGUAACUUGUAAAUGUUUAAUUUGUAUAUUUUGUUUAUAAAUAAAUACAUGAAAUGUGUUUUCUA